AUGGUGAUGGCAGCGGAGAUAGACGUUUCGAUGAGUGUGAGAGUGUUUGAAGAGUUAACUUUCACGAAGGCUGAGCCGCAUGGAAUAUUCUCAGUGAAGAUGCGUUCGAGCUAUAACGUCUUGACUGGGUAUCCGAACAAGCCGAAAAACUGGCAGCGCUCAUAUUUUUAUAUCAAGUCCGACGAGCAUGCCUUCUCGGAGCCUCAUGGGGACGACUAUCGCGUGCUAUGGAAUAAAACGCUUGGUAGAUACUUUCGCCACCUGAAUACAAUCGCAUACCCGGAGAAAUUCUUCGAGACUGCCCAGGCGAUCGCGGCUCAGAGCCAUCUCUGUUGGCCUGAUCUUACUCAGGAGUGGAUAAGGCGUCAAGAAGCUCGGAUUGCUAGAGUUGAUUGGGAGUCGAGGCUUCCUGUUAAACAGCAAAUGCUUCUAGACGAAGCUAGAAAGAUGGACGGAGUUCCAGACCUGAGCGCGUUAUUGAAGGGGAAGCUGCAAUUGCUUUCGAAGAAGUUAACUCCCGCUAAUGUGCAAGGAUCGACUAGUUCUGACGGUGGCGGAGCUUCCAAAGAGAGAGCACCUGGUUUAGUCGACGAGGGCGUUGGGGCAGAGCCUUCUGCUUUGAGUCCCAAAAAGAAAAAGAAGAGCAGGAAAGCCAAGAGGAAAGCUACUGAUGAGGUUCCUCUUAAAGGGACCGCUUCUCUCGAUGAAACUUCUGAGGGUUUGGAAGCAGGGAAGAAAAAGGGAGGAAGGAAGAGGCCUUACGAAGGGGCUACUUCCUCUGUUGAUCAAGAAGAGGCGCCGACAGUAGGGCGAGAAGGCGCUACAGAGGAUCUCGUCGAGACAGACCCAUCCGAGGCGGUGCCUGAGGAUCGUCCCAGAAAGAAGAAGAAGAAGUCUAUCGAAGCGGAGCCGCAUCCUUCUGAUGUUGAGGUGACCCUGGUCGAUGUCGCUACAAGAGGUGGCGUUUCUCCUGAAACUCCUCUGGAGAGGAAGAGAAAGGUCUCAACGCGAGAGAGUGGUUCUGGGAGUGAUCCUGCUGCGAGCGAGAGGUCUGCUCCUGAUCCGUCUACGAGAAACGUCUCUCGUUCUGAAGGUUCUAUUGUGAAGAGGGGGAGAAUCGAGUUCCCCGACCGCAUCCAGUUUUCUUAUGAUGAGGCGAGGUUGAAGGCCAUCGAGAGAGUAAGGGCGGAGCAUAAGAAAGCUAACGAGAAGGCGGGGAAGGAGAAAGAAAUUCUUCGAGUGAAGUUCGAAGACCUGGAGGGUAAGCUCAAAUCCACCGGCGCGGCAAAGAAAGAGAUUUCCCGAGAGAACACUCGUUUGGAGCAAGCGGCUGCGACCCUUGAGAAGGAGAAGACUGAGCUACUCAAAGAAAGGGACGCUGCAGUAGAGAAAUUGAUCGGAGAGAGGCAACGCUUGAGGGACUCCCGGGGGUUGGAGGUUACUCGUGAGAGGGAAAGGGUCGAAACUGCUAUGGUCGAGAAGGCAAAUCGCUGCUUUGGUCGCGUGCGCGACCAUUUUACUCGCUUGAACGCCUUUGGGAAAGCGAAGAACCUGUACGGUCAAGCUUCGGGGACGAAGAAGUGCCUCGAGAUGAUAAAGGCAAGUGGGACAGAGAUCCCUCAAGAAAUGAUCGACGUCUUUGCUGAGCAGGAGAAACUCUAUGAGGCGGAGGCUACGAAACUUUGUGUAGGUCCGCUAUCUGAUAGCGACCUCACUUUUUCUCCGCUGGUUCUUCCUUCUCGUUUCGUCGAGGACAGGUGUAGAGCGUUGUUUGAUCCUUAUGGAUCGAAAGUAAAUUUGAUCAUACCGGAGACGGCUUCUCGGCUCAUUACCUCGCUCGAAAUUACCGAGGAGCCAUCAGAGGAGCCAUUGGUUGAUGUCACGUCGGUCCCUGCUGAGCACAUCGAGGUCCCGGAGGGAGGUGGUCUUGAUGAACGUCCAGAGAACAAGAACCUGGAGGAGGUCGCCGAAAAGGACAACCUUGAGACAGGUGAUACUCCGGUUCGAGAGAAAGAGACCGAGAAUGUGGGCAUCGAGGAUCUUGUCCUCGUCUUGGAUUCUUCCUCUGAAGGACGAGAAGACGAAGAGGAGGAAGACGAUAGAGUCGAGGAGGCGUCACUGUCGCAGCCUGUCGAGGAAGAGAUGACCAACGAAGUCGGGGAUAUAGAUGUUCCUCCGCCUCCUGCUGUGGACUCUCUUGUCCCUGUUCCUACUCGGGUGGAAGACCCGACUGCUGCCGCUACUGAAGACUCAGUCGGUCCUCCUGCUCUUGGGACACCAGGAGAGGGCGAUCAAGGUUUUGUGCCUUGA